GUCCGAAGCAGGGAGGGGGAGUCAAGAGGCGGUUUAAACGUCCGGACGUUUGAGAUGGGGGAUGAUCGACCCUUUGUCUGCACUGCCCUUGGGUGUGGGCAGAGAUUCACAAAUGAAGACCACCUGUCAGUGCACAAACACAAACAUGAAAUGACAUUAAAAUUUGGUCCUGCCAGAACAGACUCUGUGAUUAUUGCAGACCAGACCCCCACUCCCACUCGUUUCCUAAAGAAUUGUGAGGAGGUUGGUCUAUUCAAUGAGCUGGCCACCUCCUUUGAGCAGGAUUUAUGCAAAACGCAUGACGACGAGCAAAGGACAAAACACACUUUAAGGGCUGCACCAUUACAAACACCAUCUGAAGUAAAAGAUGAGGAAGAGGCUCCGUUACAAGUUGAUUCUUCCCCUCCUGAAAGCCCCGAGUCCUCGUCCAGCAUGUCUGAAGACAGCGAAGACUCUAGGGAGAUUCUCACAAAACCUGUGGCUAGCUCUGCUCCCACUCCAACUAUUGUGCGUCCAGGUUCUCUUCCCCUACACUUAAGUAAUGACCCACUACAGCCAACUCUGCCUUCUCCAACGUCUGUAAUCACACAAGCGCCACCUUCCAACAGGCAGCUUGGAUCUCCCACAAGUGCAUAUCCACUGGUGAGGCACCUCCCUAAUGGGCAGACUGUCCCUCUUUUGCCCAGCCCAGUACAGUUAACCUCAGUUAUAUCUCUUGUGAGGCCAGUGAACACAGUGCCUAACAUCCCUGGGAUUCCAGGACCCCCUGUUGGGGGAGUCAGUAGUGGUUCAUCGUCUCCAUCUGGAUAUGGCCUUCACACCGAGACCAAGAUACGACUGAAGGCAGCUCUGUCUCAUCAAGGCCUAGGAGCACAAGAUGGAGCAGGUGGUGGAUCAGGGUCUAUCCCCGCUGUCCCGCAGCGACAGGAACUGAGCCAGCAGCCCUCCCAGAAUUCUGAUGCGCCGUCUCCUGCACAACCACAGGUGUCCCCUGCUCAGCCAACAGGGGGACGGCGGCGGCGUGCUUCAGAGAUGGACCCUGAUGAGAGGAGGCAGCGCUUUCUGGAAAGAAACCGGGCAGCUGCUUCCCGCUGCAGACAAAAACGAAAGCUGUGGGUUAACUCUCUAGAGAAAAAGGCAGAGGACCUCGCCAACAUGAACGUGUCGUUAACAAAUGAAGUAACUCUUUUAAGGAAUGAGGUGGCACAGCUGAAACAGCUCCUUCUAGCUCACAAAGACUGCCCUGUCACUGUCAUGCAGAAAAAAGCCGUUUUCCUUGCUGCAGGAGGAGAUGAGGCCUCCAGGGAUACUUCCACUGAACCCAUCGGCUCCCCAGCGGCGGUUAUCCAACACGGGCCGUCACCCCCGGCCUCGGCGCCGAGCCCUGUGGCCACCAUCAACGGGCUGAGUGUCCGCGCUGCAGAGGCGGUGGCCAUGUCUGUCUUGGCUGGCAUGGGGUCUGGUCAUCCAGGAGGGGUGGUCAUGGCAACGCAAUCGCAGCCAGCCACAAGAUGAUGUGUGGGAAAAAGGCAACCAGAAUGAACUGGAGUGGCAUUCAAAGGCCGGACUGGUGCAAAGUGUUUAGUGACGAGGGACCCACACUCUCCACAUAACUACGAUAUCUUCUCCCCUCACAGCUUAUGAUAAUCACUCUCAAACGUGGUGCAGUUUCUCCGUCAGUCCCCGUGCAGCAGGCUUCCUCCCAUCGAAUCGUCGUCUCUCUGCGUAUGUAAAUAUGGAAAACAUGUUGAACACUCAUUCUGCAGGGUUCAGGGUCAGACCUUGUCCUGUCUGGAUAAGGUUUUAGAUUUGGAAGAGUUGAGAGUUUUUAUUUUUCUUUAACUAUUUUUUCGUUUGUUUGUUUUUUAGAUCAGGAAGCAGCAACAAUCAAAUAUGUUCCCACACACUGGCUGUGAUGAAGUUUGUUUCUUUUCAGGCUGGCUGUUUUACUGUAAAGUAUCAUGCUUUUUU